AUGUCCGCUGCACCAACUGAAGCACCAAAGAGAGCCUUCGGCAAGAAGGGCGGUAGAGGCCCAAGAAGAGGUAGAAGAGACGAGGAGAAGGGUUGGACCCCAGUCACCAAGCUCGGUAGAUUGGUGCAAGCCGGUAAGAUCACCACCAUCGAGGAGAUCUACUUGCACGCUUUGCCAGUCAAGGAGUACCAAAUCAUCGACCAAUUGCUCCCAGAGUUGAAGGACGAGGUCAUGAAGAUCAGAUCUGUCCAGAAGCAAACCAGAGCCGGUCAAAGAACCAGAAUGAAGGCUGUUGUCAUCAUUGGUGACUCCAACGGUCACGUUGGUUUGGGUAUCAAGACCGCCAAGGAGGUUGCUUCCGCUAUCAAGGCUGCUAUCAUCAUCGCCAAGUUGUCCAUCAUCCCAAUCAGAAGAGGUUACUGGGGUUCCAACUUGGGUGCUCCUCACUCCUUGCCAACCAAGGUCACUGGUAAGUGUGGUUCCGUCUCCGUCAGAUUGAUCCCAGCCCCAAGAGGUAAGGGUAUCAUUGCUUCCCCAGUCGUCAAGAAGUUGAUGCAAUUGGCUGGUGUUGAGGAUGUUUACACUUCUUCUUCCGGUUCUACCAGAACCACCGAGAACACCUUGAAGGCUGCUUUCAUUGCCAUCGGUAACACUUACGGUUUCUUGACCCCUAACUUGUGGGCCGUUCAAGCUUUGGCUGCUUCUCCUUUGGACACCUACGCUGACAUUGCUAAGGGUGGUAAGAGAAGAUACUAA